CUCACACGACAUUCUGUUCUCUUCUUAAUAUCUCUGAGACAGGGGAGGUUCUCUUUCUUCUUCUUCUUCUGGUCUCUUUUUUUUUGCUCCUAGCUGCCAUGUCUCUGCUCUCAAAUCUCCUCAACCUUAACCUCUCCGAUUGCACGGAGAAGGUCAUUGCCGAAUACAUAUGGGUUGGAGGAUCUGGUAUGGACAUCCGGAGUAAAGCAAGGACGCUCUCAGGGCCUGUCAGUGAUCCCAGCAAGCUUCCAAAGUGGAAUUACGAUGGUUCAAGCACGGGUCAAGCUCCUGGGGAAGACAGUGAAGUGAUUCUAUAUCCUCAAGCCAUUUUCAAGGACCCUUUCAGGCGGGGGGACAACAUUCUGGUCAUGUGUGAUUGUUACACACCUGCUGGCGGGCCGAUUCCCACCAACAAAAGAUACAAUGCUGCUAAGAUUUUCAGCCACCCUGAUGUUGCUGCUGAAGAACCUUGGUAUGGAAUAGAGCAGGAGUAUACUCUUCUUCAGAAAGAUGUGAAAUGGCCUAUUGGGUGGCCUGUUGGAGGCUAUCCUGGUCCUCAGGGUCCAUAUUAUUGUGGUAUUGGUGCAGAAAAAUCUUUCGGGCGUGACAUAGUCGACUCCCAUUACAAAGCCUGUCUUUAUGCAGGGAUUAACAUAAGUGGUAUCAAUGGAGAAGUCAUGCCAGGACAGUGGGAAUUUCAAGUUGGUCCUGCUGUUGGCAUCUCUGCUGCUGAUCAAUUAUGGGUUGCUCGCUACAUACUGGAGCGAAUCACUGAAAUUGCGGGCGUGGUGCUUUCCUUUGAUCCAAAGCCAAUUCAGGGUGAUUGGAAUGGUGCUGGUGCUCACACAAAUUACAGCACCAAGACCAUGAGAAGUGAUGGAGGGUAUGAAGUCAUAAAGAAGGCAAUUGAAAAGCUUGGCUUGAGGCACAAGGAGCACAUUGCUGCCUAUGGAGAAGGUAACGAGCGCCGGCUUACCGGACGACAUGAGACUGCUGAUAUCAACACCUUCGUCUGGGGAGUUGCGAACCGCGGGGCAUCCAUUCGUGUUGGCCGUGAUACUGAGAAGAAUGGCAAAGGAUAUUUUGAAGACCGAAGGCCGGCUUCCAACAUGGACCCUUAUGUGGUCACAUCAAUGAUUGCAGAGACUACCAUCCUCUGGAAAUCUAAUUAAUAAUGAGAGGCCUGCACCUUCUGUUGGAUUCUAUCAUAUUGCAUGGCAAAAUUCUCUCAUCUCUUCAUAUGUACUUCAGUUGGUGUUCUGGUUGUGGUAGUAGUUUGGAGUCAUUGCUCUAUACUGGGAGAGAGUAGGAAGGCAAAGAGUUUUGCCUAUACUUGGUUGUUUUCACUGCUUGAUAUUUUCAAUCUGUGAUGUCAGUAAUAGCAGGAACUAAUGGAUCUUAAUAACAUAAAUGCUCUCUCUCAAGUCUGAAAGCAGAU